GAGAGAUCACGUGUUGUCGGUGUCUACUCUCUUAGCAAUCGAUAGUGGGUUCAUUGAUUGUAUGUUUGUAUUCGGCGGCAAUAAUAAUAAUCGUUUUACUGUUUAAACGUUAACAUCGUUUAAAAUUAAUCAUGCCUUCUCGGGGUGAAGAUAUUUUAAAGGGUUUUCAAGUGAAUUGGAUGAAUUUACGAGAUGCUGAUAACGGUAAAAUAUUAUGGCAAGGAAACGAAGAUUUGUCUGUGCCGGAAGUUGAACACGAAGCAAGAGUUCCUAAAAAGAUUUUAAAAUGUCGAGCAAUAUCGCGGGAAAUUAAUUUCAGUUCAGCAGAACCAAUGGAAAGAUUUAGGUUAGAGCAAAAGGUGUUAUUUAAAGGACGCUGUCUGGAGGAAUGGUUUUUUGAGUUUGGCUUUGUAAUACCUAAUAGUACAAAUACAUGGCAAAGUGCAAUUCAAGCAGCACCGGAAAGCCAAAUGAUGCCUGCCGAUGUAUUGAACGGUAAUGUCGUGAUAGAGACGAAAUUUUUUGACGAUGAUCUAUUAGUCUCUACCAGCAGAGUUCGUCUAUUUUACAUCUGAACGCUUCCAUUCUGUUCUAAUAUUACAACAUGGGUCCAACUAAUAUGUUUCAACACAUACUUGGAAUGGAAUAUUAAAGAUGACUAUAACUUUAAACAAAGUGUAUAUUAAAAAUUUUACUUCUUGUGCACCUACUGUGAUAUGCAUGUGUUAAGUGUAUUUUUUCCUAAGUCUGGAAGCACAGCACUAUUCCGUUUAAAGUAAUACUAAUAAAGACUUAUCGCGAUAAUGCUUGAACUGUGAAACGUGCACUUUUAAGGCACAAUGUGUCUUCAUUUAUUAAGUAUGGAUGGAUGUAGUAAAUUUUAUACAUAUAAUACACCGAUUUAAUAAAGAAGUAAAUAUAAAA